CUGGUUUGAGGCUGUGCCAGCAGAUUCAGCGUUCUUACCAAGGUGCUACUCAUACCAAACCCACGCAUACAUAUAAAGCAAGCAUCGCCUUCUUAUUCCAACUAUUCAUCGGCAAACACCCCUUCCUCAAGCACAAAUUCAACCAUAACCAUGUCCACCAGAAGUAUCGCCAUCCUUGGAUGCGGAGGUAUGGGCUUAGCCAUCGCUCGACGCCUUGGUGUCGGUCGACGACUAUACAUUGCCGACUUCUCCAAGGAAAUUCUCUCCACAGCCCAGGAAACCCUUACAAACGAUGGUUACACGGUUGAAACAUUCCAGGUGGAUGUAUCCGACUAUGUGUCCGUCAGCCGCUUCGCACAGGCCGCUGCAUCGCAUGGACCCAUCGAAGCAGUUAUCCAUACCGCCGGCUUGUCCCCAUCGGGGAGUUCUGCGCAAAAGAUCCUCGCAGUCAAUCUUCUCGGCACCGCCAACGCUCUUGAAGCUUUCUUGGAGGUGUCGCAGUCCGGAACGAGCAUGGUCUGUACCGCGAGUAUGGCCGGUCACAUGGGAUCGGGCUUGCCAGUGGAGCUAGAGCGUCAUCUUGCAACAGCGCCUAGGAAUCAGUUGUUAGAGCACGUCGCUCUGAAGAUUGAUAAGGCUGAUCCUCAUGGCCCUGCACGGGCGUAUGGGUUGUCAAAGCGCGGAAAUCUACUUCGUGUGCAGGCUUCAGCUAAAGCAUGGGGACGUGUUGGAGGGAGAGUCAAUUCCGUUAGUCCCGGGGUUAUUUCAACGGGCGCUGGACGCCAGGAGAUUGAUGGUCCAGCCGGGAAAUUCAUCGCUAUGAGCCCUGUUGGUCGGGUUGGGACGCCACAGGACAUUGUGAAUGCUGUCGCGUUCUUGGCUAGUGCCGAGUCAUCUUUCAUCACGGGGAAUGACAUCCUCGUGGAUGGAGGCGUUGUCUCGUCUUUACGAUGGGAUACUUUAGAAACCUGAGCAUCAACUGUCACGUUCAUACUAGUAGGCCAAACCGAUAUACCGGUGACCAUCUGGAGAACAGACGGAACGAAGACUGUAUCCCAACAUCAGCUAGUAUGAGUGGCCAAAUUCUGGGAGUCUAUGCGUCCACAUGUUUUUGGAACAUAGAAACCAGUGAUGGAAGCGUUUCAAUAUAGC